AUGUCAAUAGUAGGUUUACAAAAUGCAGGGAAAAGUACAUUAGUAAAUACUUUUGCAACAGGUAAAUUCGACGAAGAUACAAUUCCAACAAUAGGGUUUAAUUAAAGACAAAUAAAAAAAGGAAAACUAUAAAUGAAAUUAUGGGAUUUAGGUGGAUAACCUCGUUUUCGUGAAAGUUGGGAAAAAUAUUGUAGAGAUGCAGAUGUAGUGAUAUUCGUAAUUGAUUCAGCAGAUAUAAGUAAUAUAGAUAUUGCAAAAACUCAAUUACAUUAAUUGAUAAGUUGGCCUUCCUUAGAUGGAAUUCCAUUACUUUUAUUAGGAAAUAAAAACGAUUUAGAUACAGCUUUAAGUGUAGAAGAAUUAAUUAAGUAAUUUGAAUUAUAAACUAUUAAAGAUAGAAAGGUUGCUUGUUAUAGUAUUUCUGCUAAAAACUAAAAUAAUAUUGAUAAUGUUAUGAAAUGGCUAACUGAUAUACCUAUAAGAAAAAAAUGA